AUGGACACGCCCUCGCCGCCGCCGUCGUCCGCGGAGCAAGAGGGGUACCGGACGGUGUGGUCGGCGCCGCCCAAGAAGCCGGCGGGUCGGACCAAGUUCCGGGAGACGCGGCACCCGGUGUUCCGCGGCGUGCGGCGCCGCGGCCAGGCGGGGGCGGGGCGGUGGGUGUGCGAGCUGCGCGUCCCGGGGCGGCGCGGCUCGAGGCUCUGGGUCGGCACCUUCGCUACGCCCGAGCUGGCGGCGCGCGCGCACGACGCCGCCGCCAUCGCGCUCACCGGCCGCGCCGCCUGCCUCAACUUCGCCGACUCCGCGUGGCUUCUCCCGCCGCUGAUGCCCGCGUCGCUGGCCAGCGCGCGCGAGGUCAGGAACGCGGUCGCCGAGGCCAUCGGGGCGUUCCGGCGGCGCUCGGAGGAGUCGGCAUCGGCGGCGGCAUCGCCAGCGGCGGAGACGACGGCAGACGAGGACGAGGAGGGCAGUGGCUCUGCUGGCGCAACGCCGUCGCUGGACGUCACGUUCGAGCUCGACGACAUGUUCAGAUUCGGCGGCAUGGUUGAUUCCGCAUCGUACUACGAGAGCUUGGCGCAGGGGCUGCUCGUGGACGCGCCGGCCGCCGCCGGAGCGGGAGCGUGGUGGGAGGACGUCGAGCAUGGCACCGCUGACAUCGCACUGUGGAGCUACUAG